UCGAACAAUAGCAAAAUGAAGCUUCUAACAAUUGCGGUAUUCGCGGUUCUCUGCGCCGUGGUCGCUGCCAGGCCCAAUGGCUUUGGUUGGGAACGCUACCACGGAGGCUGGGCAGGAAAUGUUCAGCGUGGCGGCUGGAAUGGCAACGCUGAUCAGUGGCAUGGUAACUCAGGUAGCUGGGGCAACAAUUUGGAUCAUGGCCGCUGGAAUCGUAAUGGGGACAGAUGGCAUGGCAACUUUGGCGGAUGGCAUAGCGAUGUGAACGGUUGGCAUAGAGACGAGGGCUGGGAACAUCAUAACAAGCAUGAAAUUCGCACUGAACAUCCGCCAGCACCGCCAAGCACCCCAGAACCUCCAGUGGAAUCGGAGCCUACUCAGGGUCCAGUAGAAUCAACGCCUGAGGAACCUCAAACGCAAUCCACCCAGGCCCCGGAAGAGUCUACCCCGGAAACGCCAGAGAAAUCUACCCAAGCACCAGAAGAAUCUACUCCUGAUGUACCUGAGGAGACUACCCCGGCGCCAGAAGAGCCCGUAGAAACCACUAAAACCCCAGAGGAACCAGAGGAUUCAACAACCGAAGGUUCGGGUGACACUGACGAAACCACUCAGGCACCAGAAGACCCAACUGAGACUACCCAGACACCCGAAGAGCCUGAGAAGUCAACAAAGGUACCCGAAGAACCGACAGAAACUACACAGGCACCAGAAGAGCCUGAAGUGUCUACCAAGGGAACAGAGGAGCCUGAGGAGUCAACCAAGGCACCCGAAGAGUCUACCCAGGCACCCGAAGAGCCUGAAGUGUCUACCAAGGGAACAGAGGAGCCUGAGGAGUCUACUAAGGCAACCGAUGAACCGACAGAAACUACACAGGCACCGGAAGAGCCUGAAGUGUCUACCAAGGGAACACAGGAGCCUGAGGAGUCAACCAAGGCACCCGAGGAGCCGGUCGAGACUACCAAGGCACCCGAAGCAUCAACGACCGAGGGUUCCGGCGAAUCCGCUGAGUCAACGACUGAAUCAGUGGAGGGCAGCGGAUCGGCAAGUGCAUAAGUACUCCCUUAAAAGCAGAAGUAGGAAUUUAAUUAUAAGUUCGAUGUAACGUGAGGAUAGCAAAAGAAGACAAUUGAAAACCAAGUGUUGGUUUUUUGUAUUAUUAAGGAACGAAAUGAUAUGUUAUUAUAAGUAGUUGGUUUUAUUCUAAUUAUACGAUUGAUAAAUCACACAUUCUACUUUUGACUACUUUUCAAAAAGGCACUCGAAAAGAUUAAAGCAAAGAA